AUGUUAUUAGCUCUAGCUCCUCCUAACCCCAUGCAGAACGACAUCCAACCGCCUCAUGCCUAUUCAAACUACAACAAGCCCGCCCCCUCGAGAAUCUCUCCUCCCGAGUCUCCUCGCAACCUGUUGUCCUUAUUCGAGGACUCGAAGAUGAACAACUCCCACCGAGGUUUGCCCCUACCUGCUGGUCUUAGUCUUCCUCCCCCAGAUCGUGGUCAUUCCUCUGCUCCCCUGCCCCUCGGCCAGUUGCCUGCUCCUCCAUCGCAAUGGGCCGGUCAGGAUGAAUCAAUGCGGAGUUGGCUUCAUGCUAAGGCCGAGGAAGAUCGGCGGAAGCAAGAGGAGGAGAGAACUCGCCAGGAGACCUUGCGUCUCGACCAACGGCGCAUUGAGCAGAGCAUGUUGCGGGAAUCUCUCCAGGGCGGCAUCCCUCCUCCAAUGGUUCCUCUUAUCUUUGCCGGCAUUGGAGGAGGAACCCUUCCUCCUCAUACUGUGGAGUGGGCUCAGCAAUAUAUGGCCAGUCUCACUAUCCAUAGCCAACAGCAGCAACAGCAGAUUCAGGCUCAACAGCAGCAACUACAGCAGCAGCAGCAGCAGCAACUACAGCAACAGCAACAGCAACAGUCACCCAAUCUGCAUCGGGAUAGUCGAAUGAUUCCUCCCAAUCCUUACGGAGGACAACAGCCUCUGCAAGCACCACUCGCCGCACCGCCGGCGCAACCCUCGCGUCAAGAUCGCAAUUCGAUUUCUGGUCCGCAGCCUCCAUCGUCUGUACUUCAACGCUUGAACACUACCGAGUUCGUUCCUAGUUCUACGACGAGUCAGGCCAGUCGACAGUCAGUGCCGCAGCCACAGACCGCUUCAUCCGAACAAUCCUCGGGUCCGGGUCUAUUCUUCCACCACUGGACGCCUCCCAACCAGUCUUCAGGAGGAAACCAGCCUCCUACCCCAUCGGGCAAAAGCAACCAAGGGUCACCCUUUUCCCAAAAUGCCAGCUCACAUCUACGGUCAGAAUACCAGAGUUCGCCGAAGAAACGCAAGGCAGCCGGGGGUCAAGCAGUACCCGCGCCUCCCACGUCUCAACCGACCGACCCAUCACAACCCAUGUCUCUCCGCUCGUCGCGCGAGCGAGAAACGUCGCCAGGCCAUGCCAGUCGACCUACACGACACUCCCGUCAAAACAGUGAUGCCUCAUCCCGCGAGCUUGAUGCGGGCGGUCGUCACAUCGCACGCCCGAGUAGUCGUCAACAACGCAGGGAUGAACUCAGUGGCGCGGGGCCCGGCCCAAGAAGGCGGUUAACCGGCUCUUCUCCAAGUGGAUCAAGCGAGGACCACCCGUUUCGUUAUGAGGCGUUCAAAGCUGAAACGCGGUAA